AUGUUGCCCAUCGCUGCUGCUGCUGCUGCUGCCGCCGCCUUCGCUGCCCUGGCAUCUGCCCAGUCCACGCCAUGGCCCGCGUUCGGCAAUUGGACCGAGACCUUCCAGGGCCACGACUACAUUCUCUCGGGGCCCCGAGUCUUGGGCAGCAAGACCGACUUUGAACUCGAACGGUGUCAGUACGUUUGGAACACCCUCAACGAGCGCGCCAACGACACCUCCGUGCCGGCUCCGUCCUCGGCCGAGCGAUGCAUGGACCUCCUCUUCGCUCGCAAGUCGGCCAUCGGCGACAAGGGGUUCCUCGACAUCUUCGCCACCGACAUCCAGGAGGCCAAGCAGUUCUGGUACGACGUCAACGACAACUCGACGCUCGACGACCCGGCCACCUGGAAGGCCGUCGAGUGCCGCGCCCUCGUCCACCUCCCCAACGUGACCGCCUGGGCCUUUUCGGCUUGGUCCGCCUCCCCCUUCGCCGAUGCCGCCAACAAUCGCGGCAACGCGGAGCACUACUUCAAGUACUCGGACCAUACCGGCGCCCUCGGCACCUCGCACAUCCUCGAGGGCUGGGGCGGCGUCACGACCAACUUCUCCAUCCCCAACUACAGCCCCCAGACCUGCGCCCAGCGGCCCAUGGUCCGCCCCUUGCCCGAGUUCGCCAUCAAGGCCUGCGGCGACAAGAACCUGGUCGACGAGGACAACACCAACUUUGGCGUGCUCAACAUUGCCGCCCGCGAUGUUGUCGGGUGUGACAAGACGAGAAAGGUUGAUAUCUAUGCCUCCAUCUGGUACGGUAGCGCAAUCUCCGAGGAGCACCUUGAGGCGGAGCGCCAGCAUGUCAUCAUUGAGAUCGUCAACAUGAGUCUCCAAGCGCAAGAAGACAUUGAGAGUGGCAGAUUUGUGGUUCCUGCGCCCCCGACCGCUUGA